CUGCUUCGCGAUCACUGGCGAUUCCCUGCUGUCCCCGCACCCACAUCUCGUGCUAACUACUGUGGUACUGCUAACUGCUCUGUCCCAGACUCUGCCAUUCCCACGAAGGAGGACACAGAUGAACCCAAUGCUGCUAAAAUCACCGACCCAGAAAUUCCUCCCAUGCCUCCCGCAGUGCCAGGCGCGAGGGCCAGCUCUAGCUCCAGCUCGCGGGAGCCACUAACUUCCCAUGCCCACGUUGCCUGCGACCCUGUUAUAUAAUAUCUCGUGCCGCCGCUUCUCCCUGCCCUGUUCUGCCCGCACUUUCUGAGGCUCCUCGUUCCAUGCCCUUGCUAUUAUCCCACACAAGCAGUUGAGUAUCCUUCUCUCAAUACCUGGUCCAAGAUGGCCGGAACCGGGAACAAGACCUUCGUAGGUGCAAUCGACAAUGGCACGACCAGCUCGAGAUUCUUGAUUUUCGAUCAAUCUGGAACCCCAGUAGCAUCGCAUCAGAUAGAGUUCAAGCAAAUACACCCCUAUUCAGGGUGGCAUGAACACGACCCCAAUGGGCUUGUUGACACCGUCAAAGAAUGCAUAGAUAAAGCCUGCGAAGAGUUCGAGUCUAAAGGAUACUCACUCUCAGACAUCAAAGCCGUUGGGAUCACCAAUCAACGAGAGACAACCUGCGUGUGGGAUAUCAGAACUGGCGAGCCACUUCACAACUGCAUCGUGUGGACGGAUACUCGUACGCACAGAAUCGUCCAUGAGUUGCAACACCGCGAAGGGGCCGAUGAACUUCAGAACCUCUGCGGUCUCCCCUUAUCGACGUACCCUUCAUCCACUAAACUCCUCUGGUUACUCAAGCAUGCCGAGAAUGUGAAGAAGGUCUAUGAGGAAGGUUUCCUUGGUUUCGGCACAGUGGACACUUGGCUGGUCUAUAAGCUGAAUGGUGGUACCAAAGCCAACGUCCACGUAACAGACCCGACGAACGCCUCGCGAACGAUGUGGAUGAACAUCCAUAAGCUUGAGUAUGACGACAAGCUGAUUUCCUUCUUCGGACUGGAUGUUAAAACCCCUAAACUUCACCUUCCCAAGAUCGUCCCAUCUUCCGACCCAGAGGCCUAUGGCAAGCUUGACAGCACGAAACUGAAAGGCACCAGGAUCACUGGGUGCCUCGGCGACCAGUCGGCCGCCUUGGUCGGUCAGUGUGGCUUCACCCCUGGCCGGGCAAAGAACACUUACGGUACCGGCUGUUUCCUACUGUACAACGUUGGCGAGAAACCUGUGAUCAGUAAGCACGGGCUGCUGGCAACUGUCGCAUACGAUUUCUCAUCCCAGGGCAUCAAACCGGUUUAUGCGCUCGAAGGCUCGAUCGCUGUGGCUGGAUCUUCAAUCAAAUUCCUCAUGAACAAUCUGGGAUUUUUCCGCGACGCGCACAAGGUAUCAGAACUGGCACGAACGGUGCCAGACAAUGGAGGCUGCGUUUUCGUGACAGGCUUCAGCGGCCUGUUCGCCCCCUACUGGUUCGACGAUGUCCAAGGAACGAUCUGGGGCCUUACGGCUUACACAGAACGGGGACACAUUGCACGUGCGACAUUGGAAGCCACGUGUUUCCAAACGAAAGCAAUUCUCGACGCCAUGGAGAAGGAUGCCGGCGUCAAGCUGGCCGAGCUUGCAGUUGACGGCGGCAUGAGUAAUAGUGAUUUGUGUAUGCAGAUUCAAUCCGAUGUAGCCCAAAUUCCCGUUGAUCGACCGCGCAUGCGGGAGACGACCGCGUUGGGCGCAGCUAUUGCGGCCGGCUUUGCGGUGGGAGUGUGGAAGUCAUUUGACGAACUGAAAGAAAUCAACAAGGAAGAGCGAUUCGUUUUCAAGCCCAAGAUCUCCCAGAGAGCCAGUGAUAAGAUGUACAACAAGUGGAACAAGGCCGUGACUAUGUCCAAGGGCUGGACAACUGAGGAGGAUGAUGAAAAUGAAAGUGAAGCAGGCGAUCACCCUGAUGAUGAAGUUUUGGAACAGACCGUUACGAAGGACGAGUAUGGAAGAAGCAGAGAUGAUUGAGAGGUGCUUGUCCCCAUUUACCGGUACCUUGGAAGGAUGACCACAGGCGGAUCUUAACACUCGUAUCUCUGAGGUUCGGCCUUUUGCCAUUCCUUUGGCAAUGUCAGGGUAGCCUUCUGGCGGGCUGAGACACUCUUUCGAUGCAAAUGAGCCGCAGUUGGUUAUCGACAUAUGGAUAACGUGCGGAUUCAAUGGUUGAUGAACAGAAGAGGUGGUUGUCACAUUGCAUUGUAUUUUAGAAGUUCAAGCUGCCUCAAGGGCGGGACUUUGGACUGUGAGCGAAUUAUCUAUUUCGAUCAAGCAUGUCCAUUGCCCUGCUGUUUCGUGUUUUGAGUCGCCUCAAAGGAUUCUAUCCUAGUCUCCCAGUCUCUUCGCAGAAGCUCCAUCUCCUUCCAGGCAUGCGUGGCUUGUGCAAUGAAAUCCUCAACAUCUUCUGGAGUCGCGUCCAUUGCGCCCGUUUUCCGUCCCACAUGGCCUGCCCACCACGUAUCUCUGAACGGUCUACCGGUUCCAUCAAGACCCCAGCCCUCGACGUCACUGACGCGGACCGACGACCUGCCGAGCCGAUCACAUGCGGAGCCCCAUUUACAC